AGGAAAGGAGGGCCACGGACGGCAUGUCAUGUUGUAUUAAAAAUCCUCGUCCUCGUCAUGACAAGGCGUCUCCAAAUAAACCGGGGGGGCAUCCGAACAGGUGCAGCCCACAGCCCCCCCUUUGUCCCGGCCGCCCUGUCUGUCGCCCAACAGUACGGAGUAGAGAGCAGCGUAUGUCAGCAGCGAUCGGAGACCGACGAGGGACUUCUCACACAAACGCACGCACACACGCACGCACACUCACACACAUUCCUUGCAUCCUGGUCGAGUCGUUGUCGUCUCGUCCACAUGUAUGUACUUCGUAGCAGUGCGCCAUUGAUCGUCGCCGCCGCCUCAUAUGGCCAACACGCCGGCCAGGGGAUUAAUAAAAGGAAAAGGAUAACCGCCUCUUGCCGGCCACGCUCUGGGCGCGGCUGCUGUUCCGCAACGGCUCCCGUCGUCUCAGCUGCUGUGCCGGCGGCUCAGUUGGCCGAUGAGCUGAGGUGAAGAGUCGCCUGAUGAGGUCAAGUGGUGGUUCUUGUUUCGUUUCACGCUUCCGACCCGCCUCGCACCUGCCGUUGUUGUUUGUUUUCCGCUCGUCCCGUGAGCCCGACCGCCUCGCGCCCGCCGUCGUCACUUGUUGGUAGGACGCGGCGACACCUCAUACCUGCUGGGGAGCGAGAACACACACAAGAAAGAAAAAACAAAACAAAAAAAUAUGCCGCCUCUGCUACCUGGCCUCCCACGACGAGCGCUGCUGCUCUCGCGGCACACGCCUCUGCGAACAACAGGCGUCGCACGCCGCCGACCAGCGUCCACGGGCACUCCUGGGUCCAAGUCGCCCGCCGCCGCGACAUGGAACUCGCGUCUCGUCCAUCUCGCCAUCGGCAUCGCGCUUGGCGGCGCCGCGACGGCCGGUGUCGUUGCCGCCAUCAGCCGCCGCUCCGAUGAGGCAAAAGGUCUGGCUGCGGAACAAGUGCCGCCGCCGCUGCCAAGGUGGAGGAGGGGGAGCGACUCCCGCCGCCUUGCCAAGUCUCGUCGUAGAUAUGCCGACAGGCAGACCACACUCCAGGCUGUCUCAGAGAUACGCAGGGCCCUCGGGGAUGAUGCCGUCAGCACCGACGACGACGAUGUCGAGCAGCACGGCUACUCGGAAUGGUCCACGUCCAACACCGACGCCCGCCCCGUCGCCGUCGUUCGCCCAGCCUCGACUGAGCACGUCGCCGCCGUCGCCCGCAUCUGCUCCCGCUACCGGGUGCCCAUGGUGCCCUACGGCGCCGGCUCCAGCGUCGAGGGCAACUUCAGCGCCCCCUUCUCCGGCGUCUGCAUCGACCUCUCCGCCAUGGAUCGCAUCGUCGCCUUCCACCCCGACGACAUGGACGUCGUGGUCGAGGCCGGCGUCAAUUGGACGCGCCUCAACGAGGCCAUCAAGCCCUCUGCCCUGUUCUUGCCGCUGGAUCCCAGUCCCACCGCCCUCAUUGGCGGCAUGGUCGCGACCAACUGCAGCGGCACCAAUGCUGCCAAAUACGGCACCAUGAAGGACUAUGUAAUCAACCUAACAGUUGUGUUGGCCGACGGCACCGUUGUCCGAACCCGAAACCGCCCUCGGAAAACAUCGGCCGGCUACAACCUCAACGGCCUGUUUGCUGGCUCCGAGGGCACCCUGGGCAUCAUCACCGAGGUCACUCUGAAGCUUGUCAAUGUGCCGUCCGCCUUCAGCGUCGCCACGUCCACCUUUGCCACUAUCAGAGAGGCCGCGGAUGCCGCCUCUGCCAUGGUGCGCGGCGGCGUGCCCGUAGCCGCGCUUGAGUUGAUGGACGACGUGCAGAUGAAAGUCGUCAACAAGAACGGCGGCGCCGGCGGCCGCAUGUGGGAUGAGCUGCCCACCCUAUUCAUCAAGUUCUCGGGCACGGAAAACACAAUAAAGGACAGUGUCCUCCAGGCUCGACGUGUGGCCGAGUCGCACAAGUGCCGGUCUUUCGAGUCCGCCGAAACCAUCGAGCAGAUGGACUCACUCUGGUCAGCCAGAAAACAGGCGCUGUGGGCAUCCCUCGCAAUAAGACCCGAAGGCACGCAGAUUUGGUCCACCGACGUUGCGGUUCCGCUUUCGCGCCUGGGCGACAUUAUUGAGACUUCGAGAGAAAACGCCUCUAGGUUAGGUCUCUUCAACAGCAUACUGGGACACGUGGGCGACGGCAACUUUCACCAGAUGAUCAUGUACAACCCGGCCGAUGCGUCACAGACCAGAGCAGUGGGCGACUGCGUGGAUGCCAUGGUGAACAAGGCUCUUGAACUGGAAGGGACCGUUUCGGGCGAGCACGGCAUAGGCCUGGGCAAAAAGCACUGCCUAGCCAAAGAACUGGAUCCAUCCACAAUCGGGGUGAUGAAGGCUUUAAAGGAGGCACUCGACCCCCACUGGCUGCUUAACCCAGGCAAGGUAUUUGAUGAGUGAUGCCAUCUUUCUAAUGCCUUAUCAUAGAUUGAGGCCAAGGUGUCCUGCCACCGACAUGUGAUGUCAGUGGUCGUGCGCGACUCUAAGCAGUGAUCAUGAUGUAAAUUCCGUAGCCGCAAGGCUCCCAGUGGGCGAACAUUGACGCCUAGCCUCGACUCAUCCCAUCUGUAGUAAUACUGAGGCGAGCCCAUCCUUCGAUACGGCCCCUCUCUUAGCCUCACUUCUGCAUCACCCUGAUGUUCGUGCAUGCCCAGUCCACGCUUCUCGAUCCUGGCCUACCCGGGACUAGCAAAUGUUGCCCACUCGAG